AUGGGAGGUGACAAUGGUACAGAAUUAGCCGAGUUCAUUUUAUUGGGAUUCUCGGGUUUUGUUUUUGUUCAGGGCCAUCUGUUUUGGGGUGUGCUGUGCAUGUAUGUGGUUACCUUGCUGGGCAACUCUCUGAUCAUCCUCCUGACGCUGGCCGACUCAGCCCUCCACUCCCCCAUGUACUUCUUCCUGCGUCACUUCUCCCUGGUGGAGAUCCUCUACACCACUACCAUCGUGCCCAGGAUGUUGGCCGACCUCCAUUCUUCCUGCCCCACCAUCUCCCGUGCCAGCUGCUUCACUCAGCUCUAUUUCUUUGCCCUUUUUGGCAUUGCCGAAUGCUGUCUGCUCACUGCCAUGGCUUAUGACCGAUAUGCUGCCAUCUGCUGUCCACUGCAUUAUACCACCCUGAUGAACCAGAGAACAUGUGCUGGCAUGGUGGGAGCCUCUUAUCUUGCGGGCAUCAUCUCUGGCACCACUCACUCCGUCUUCAUCUUCACUUUGCCUUUCCGUGGUGCCAACAUGAUCCAUCACUUCCUAUGUGACAUCCUGCCUGUGCUGAGCCUGGCUAGUGCAAGCACUUUGUGGGGGGAAGUGGGGAAUCUGUUCGUCACAACAGCUUUUAUCUUCAUGCCCUUCUUGUUGAUUGUGGCCUCUUAUGCCUGUAUUCUUGCUGCUAUCCUUGGUGUUGCAACAUCCCAGGGACGUCAAAAGAUCUUUUCCACCUGCUCCUCCCACUUGUUUGUGGUCAUACUCUUUUUUGGGACUGGAACUGCUGCUUAUAUGAGGCCUCAGUCAGAUUCUUUUGGGGACACCGACCAGAUUCUUUCCAUCUUCUACACAGUAGUCACCCCCAUGUUCAACCCUUUUGUUUACACUCUGAGGAAUAAGGAGGUCACGGGUGCCAUGAGGCGGCUCAUGAAGAGAUACCUUUGUGGUUCUUGACCUUGCAUCA